UAAGCGUGCCAAUAAACAAGAGGAACUAUUCUUACUCGGGGAACUGUUCGCACGACCCGUGAAUUAAAAUUUAAACAGCUGAGCACCGAACCAAACGAAACGGUCGAAAUCCGCCCCACACCGGAUCCCGCGUGUCGCACCGCGCAUCAACAAUAAAGGAUGCGUUUUUUCGCGCCAUCCCCUCAUUCAGCUUCCGUCGGUCGAAGGAGACCGUUGCCCGGCCGAAGGUUGCUGCGGUUGCAAAGAGUGAGCGAACCGCCGUGUAGCAAGACUGAGUGUGAGAGCGAACAGGAGCCUACUACGAUCGGUCGAGAAGCGGCUGUCAAGUUGUCGACAAGUGUACUAGAACCGCGAGACUCCAGAAGUUUUAGUGUUUGUUUGGCCGCUUAAAAGGGUGCUCGGAUCGUGGAUUCCCGUGAUAAACCACCCAGAAUUACCGAAGUAACAGUAGGGCAAGUGUUUCGCAAGUGACGCCGUGGGGAUUCCAUCAGUCCUCCUGGCAGCUCAAUUAGGUCCCAUUGUCUGGUAAUCAGACCUGGACGAACGAUAGUGGUUCAGUGAAGACGCUCGUGCUAUGAUGGCAGAUCAGACGCGAGUGAUAAAGAAGGAGCAGCUGGCGUUGGAUGAAACGCUCACACAACUUCCGGUGGGAUGUUGUCGCCGGAUGUGCCUGUUUUUGGGGGUCUAUUGGAAGACCCUACUGGUGCUGCUGGUGCCAUGCUUUGCUGGGACCAUUUUUCUUGUGGAGACUUCGCCUGCGUUCCGAUGCCUAUACAUCGUGAUUGUGAUGGGUGUUUACUGGAUCACCGAAGCGUUACCGCUACCGAUCACGUCCAUGCUUCCGAUUGUGCUUUUCCCGAUGAUGGGCAUCCUGGACACCAACCGGACGUGCAUGAUGUACAUGAAAGACACGAUGUUGAUGUUCAUCGGUGGCAUCGUGAUGGCACUGGCUGUUGAGUACUGCAAUCUGCAUAAGCGCGUCGCCUUGAAGGUGAUCUCCGUGGUUGGGUGUAGCCAACGAAGGCUCACGUUUGGCCUCACCAUGGUGACGAUGUUCGUCUCGAUGUGGAUCUCCAACACGGCGACCGUGGCCAUGAUGUGUCCCAUUGUGCAAGCCGUUCUCGAGGAGUUGGAAGCGCAAGGACUCUGCCAAGUGAACGAGAAGCCCAACACGAUCGAGAGCAACUUGGACGAGGAAGAACGACCGCGACCGACAAAGGUGACCAUGUGCUACUACAUCGGUACGGCGUACGCGGCGACGUGCGGCGGUGUUGGCACGAUCGUUGGUUCCGGUGUGAACCUUACGCUGAAGGGCAUCUACGAGAGUCGUUUUCCGGAGGCACCUGGAAUUGAUUUUCCCUCGUUUAUGUUCUACAACGUCCCCGGGAUGGUUUUGUACACGUUCCUCAACUGGGUGUGGUUGCAGUGGCUGUUCAUGGGAAUGUUCAGACCGAACAGUGAGGAUGCGCGUGCUGCAAAAAUAGGCCCAGAGGGUGAAGCCGUUGCGAAGCGCGUUAUCGAAACGCGAUACUAUGAGUUGGGUCCGAUGACUUCCCACGAGAUUGGUGUGGCUUUCUUCUUCGUCCUUUCGGUGGUGCUGUAUUUCACUCGCGAACCUGGUUUCAUGAUGGGCUGGGCCGAUCUGCUGCCAGACGUCCGCAUAAAAGACGCGACUCCCGCCAUUUUCGUCGUGAUCAUGCUGUUCAUCGUGCCAGCCGACUGGAACUGUGUAUCGUUUUUCCGCAAGGGCCCGGGUCAACUACCGAAGCGUCCUUCGCCAGGACUCAUCACGUGGCGAUUCAUCAAUCAGAAGACGCCCUGGAGCUUGCUGUUCCUGCUUGGGGGUGGAUUCGCCCUAGCCGAGGGUGGCCGAGUUUCCGGUAUGUCCGCCCUUCUUGGACAGUCAUUGGCCGGACUCAAGGCGCUUCCACCACUACUGCUGCUGUUCGUGCUCUGCCUGGUGGGGGAAUUCCUGACGGAGUUCACCACGAACGUGGCCAUCUGCAACGUGGUGUUGCCGGUGCUAGCGGAGGUCGCCAUUGCAAUCGAAAUCCACCCGCUUUACCUGAUGUUCCCGGUCGCGAUGGUGUGCAGCUUCUCAUUCCAUUUGCCCGUCGGAACACCCCCGAACGCGAUCGUCGCCGGAGUGGGCAAUAUUCCCAUCAAGGACAUGGCUAUCGCAGGAAUUGGACCGUCCAUUUUUACGUUGCUUAUCAUAUGGGCCAGCUUCCCGACGUGGGGUGCCGUCAUUUUCCCCGAGCUGGCGACUUUCCCGGAUUGGGCUCGGCCCUUGAAUGAGACGCUGGUGUAAGCCUUCACCUCCCGAUCUCAGUGCAAUGUUUUAGCUUUAACGUGCUCUACGUGCCAUUCGAUUGUAAGCAUCUAGAAUUAAGAGCCGCUGGUAGAGCCAGACGGUCCGU